UAACAACCAAGCAGUCACCUCUUAAAGUGCCAAAAUCUGCAGUUCCUCUUAUAGCCACUUGAGGCUUGUCUCAAGACGUAACUAAAUCUCCAUAGACUCCCACAUUAAAAUAAAAAAACCAACAAAAAGACAAAACUAAAAUCCACUGAACAAAAAGUGAACCUACAAGCUUCUAAGGUGGCUAUAUCCGACUAACAUAUAGACUCUAUCCGUAAUGCCUUAUAAUAACCCGAAUGCACAAUUUACUUGUACUUAACUGAGGCCUACAUAUUGAUAUUUGGCCUGUUUUUAAAAAGAAAAGUGUAUAAUUGCUGUGAUGUUCAUGUAUUACUGAUGUUUUUUAUGACAAUGCUAAUGGCUGACUCUGAUAGUAUGGAGGCUCAAACAUCAGCUGAGGCUGAGAUCCCCAUUUGUAAGCUGCCUAUAAUCACGAUGGCUCCCUACAUCGCCACCUCGGUGUCCUAAAUUAUAGCUCUCCUGCAUGUAAAGUGUGUUUGUCUGUGUUCCUGUGUCAUAUCUGUGUGUCAUCAGUAGUGCUGGUAUGCUGAAAUGCUGACAGUCAAAUCCUCACACAUAUCUGCCUCCCUGACAGACACACCCACCCAAACUACUAUACGCUGCACGAGCUGUUUGUUCAGCUGGAGUGGGCGCUCCUCCCCGUCUUUCAGUCAAGGAGCAGAGAUGUUAAACUUCAUUGUUUCACAGAAAACUCUCGGGGUCUGGGGCAUCAAUAGCAGCGUCAUAGAGCAAGAAGUUGUCGUGUUUUUCAGCCCCGAUUUGCUCUCCGAGGGUUUUGAACUCCAAAGCGAUGUAGAGCAGAUUUAAGGGCUUGUGUGUUUUUAUUGCUUGGCUGCAGCUCCCACAGGUGCUUUAGGGGAAAGAGUCCAACUUGCUUGUUAUGAUUGUGCUCAACUCUUCCUGAAAUGAGCUCGUUUUUCUUUUUUGUUUUGCUUGUGUGUUUUGAUCAAGCAGAGAACCUGCGUAAAAUUACAGGAAAUACGCUGAAGUGUUUCCACUGGGAGGCCUGAGAGACUCCACAAUCAGCGAUAACAGCUCGGCCUCGCUCGGGGUCAUUUAUUAUCUUUGCUGCAUACUCUCUGCUUCGCAGCUCGCUUUUAGUUUGGAUUUCUGUCUCGUUGCUGGAAACUGUUGCUGCACACUUCAGCAUCAGUGCAGACUUUGCAGUUUUGAGUGUGACGUUAUAGAAGCAGGUUGGUUUGAUCUCGAUCUUUGGUCGCACUUGUCCUGCGGUCUGCUUCUUUUACUGGAAUCAGUUUCGCUGUCGUCUGUUGAGAAAAGUCAUCUGGCGGAAUUUCAACACCAUUUAACAUUUGACUGGAUGAAGUUCAUUUUUUCUCUUUUCCACCUCUGCUGUGUGCUGGUGGUCUCGUACAUGCAGCCACUCAAACCAAACUGGAAGCCAGAAACUUGAGCUGGGGAAUAAAAACAGCCUCCAGACGACAUACUAUGUUCAGAAACUAUAUAAAUAAACAUUUGUCAGAUUGGUUUAUUUUCUAUCUACCAGGGAAACGCAGAAAUUUUACCUUAAGCAAUCUAAUUUUAUACAUAAAGUGAUUUAAGAGUGAAAACUAGUUACUAAAGCUACUUUUAUGGCUGACAUGGCUAACAUAAAAACAUUAUUUGGCAAAAGCACCAACAGAAUGGCUGAAAAAGUAAAGAAUCAAGGUGUUGCAAUGGCGCAGUUAAAGUCCAGACCUCAACCCGAAUGAAAUGCUGUGUCAGGACUUGAGAGUUGCGCAUAAACAAAUUCCCCAACAAACCUCAGCAAUGUCGUAAAGAAGAGUGGGACAGAAUUCCCCCACAGUGAUGUGAGAUGGUGAAAAAGUCAUGCUGCUACUACGUAUUGAAUCACAGGUUGUACUUUAGCUUCCACAGGACUGUACAUCAGAAAAAUGCUAGGCUAAUUUAUCCACAGCAGAAAUUCGGUGUAAAGCAGUUUCCUGGGGAUUUCACCAUGUGGCUCCGUGAUUGAUGUGUGCAUACAAGUGCUCUGUAUUUAAUUUCCUCUCGAUUUUGUCAGGUGAGCAGCUUGCAAGCUGUAUAAAGCACCUUUUGAAUUAUAUCUGCCUGUUUCAUAAUGUUUGGUUUGGUAAGCUGCCUGUUUUUUAUGUCAUUGAAGUAAGCACACACAGAUAUGUAGCUAUCGCCUUUUAGAUCAGUCUUUUUGUUUUUCUCUGUUUUAAAAGAACAGAACAAGUUGCAACACCUCCAUUAUUUUUGAUAAAUCUCUGGCAUGUGUAUUUGGAGAUCUGAGUGGCUUAAGAAAACUUAACUGCUCGGUGCAAACAUUUUGCACCCACAUGGCCAACAUGAAACUAAGACGUACGUAUGGGAACUUUAAGUUCGAACCAGUCUGACGUACUUUUCUUGCCUCCUGUACACACCCAUGCUGUAUACUCCUGUUUCUGCUGGAGAUGUCUCCAUGUGUCUGAGAGGGAAAACAAGCGCAGUAGCUGGUAUUCUCCAGAACUCUGACUUGCGUAAAACUGUCACCACACGCCCAACAGAGUGUGUCACGGGUGCCAUGUGUUCGGUUGCACCCACUAAUUUUACAUCAUGUCAUAACAACGGGACCCAUCAUUACCAAAAUGCUGCUGAUUGCAGGUCAGUAGAAGUUAGGGCGUAAGAGCUACAAGAAACAUAUGUCCUUUAAAAAGACUUAACAGCAUGCAGGAAUUAUAAGAGACAAGACAAAAAGCCCGGACCAAAUAAAAGCAACUCUACAGGGCAUGGCUGAUCUUUAUCUCCUCCUUUUUAGCCGCAAAUAAUAUUUGCUCUUUCAGCUUGAUAGCGCAUGUCCCACGAAGCAUAAUAACCAGCGACCGCCAGGAUUUCAAGGCUUCCUGGCAUCUGUUCCUCUGGCCUGCCAUUCACGAGGCACUUACAUGAACGAGCCCUCCGGGGGCAGCAGGCUAUUCAAGAGUCAGGCCUACUUUCUUUUCUAGCCUUUACCCGGGACCACUUCUUUAUUUUUCUCAGGAAAGUCCCUCAGGACAGGGCCGCAUUCAGAGCCGGGCUGCCGACACGUGAGCCGUAGCCCGGCAGAGGCCCGGGUCUGGCAUCUGUAAAGUGUUGCAAAAGAGAAAGCCUCCGGGGAGCACGCAUGUAGGGAUUAGAGGGAGGUGAAGAUGUUUGGUUCCUGUUCGGGAUGAUAAGAUUUUCUCAGGAGAAGCAAAGCAGGAUUGUUUCCGAUGUAAUGAAAAACAACCCUGCUACUACAGUAGUGCACCUCUACAGAUUCAUCUGAGCUGAAUAAAUAGUUUCAAUUAUAACAAGAUGUGUUCUUCUAAUAUCCUGCUGCAAUCAACUAUUAAUGUGUUUUCUUUCUUUCUUUUUCAUGUGCCCCCUGACUUUCUGCCUUUAUUCUCCCGUUGACAAAUAGCGCUAUCUAACCUGGAUGUGGAGAGUAAGCUGACAGCACAUUUCCAAGCUCCCUGGCAUCAACAGAGAAACGUUUUCCAUCCCUCUACACGGCCAGAAUGUGUGGAAGAGCUCCACAGGCAAGCCAAAACCAGCCUGUGGGCCCAGCACCGAGCAGAUCACCAGAGGAGACGAUCGGGCAGCAGGGAGCGGAGAGUUACCAUCGCAAUCUCACCGGUGCCCCCAACGCCCAUGCAUCCCUCACCUCAGAGGGGAACAAAUUUAACAACGGGGUUGGCUUUGACAGAGAUGCUAGUGUGCGUUGCUCGCUCGUUCACUCGCAGUCUUUGCUUCAGAGGAGACGGAAGCUGAGGAGACGGAGGACUGUUGCCGGCGUUCCCAGACAGGUGCAGCAAGACUUAGAUUCUGAUGACUCUCCUGGCUCCAGAGAGCGGACAGUCAUAGUUCACGCCAGUGCAGAUAUCACCCCUUCCAGCCAGGAGUUUGCCAGCCAUCUCAACACCAGAGACUCCGGUUGUCAGACGGAAGACUUUUUGAUCUCAGGAGCACCAUCUCGAAGGAGGAUCAGGCUUCAGAGAGGCCAGGGAGUCUCACUCUCCCUCUCACAUUCUGCAGGAAACAUCUCCUCCCUCCCUGAGACCUCGGACGCCAUGUUCAGUGCCUCCGUUGGAGCACACCUGCGUUCUCGGAGUCUGCCCCGAGACACCAGCCGGUUGUUGGACAACGGGCAUAACGACAGCGACGAUGAGGAGGACCUUUCCCCCUUCGACACUGAGGGGUUUCUGACUGGAUCCAGGAAGUUGACUCUGAAGGAUGAAGAGGAGAGCACUGAUGACCAGGCCAUGUCUGAACACCAGCUAGGAAGCCUUAAGUACAAGCAGCUGUCACAGAGUCCAGAGCGCAGCUGGAUGGAGCGGACCAGAGCUCACCUGCCUAGAAAAGCUGACAUGGGCAGCUGUGAGAUCUCAUCUAGCUCGGACACCUUCAGCAGCCCUGUGCACUGCGUUUCUGCUGCAGCAGUGCUGGGAGGCCAGAUAGACCAUAAGGAGGACCACCAGUCCUCCAGUGGGAACUGGAGCGGGAGCAGUUCCACAUGCCCCUCCCAGACAUCAGAAACACUCCCUCCUGCCGCAUCUCCACCUCUGACCGGCUCCUCCCACUGUGACUCUGAGCUCUCUUUAAACGCUGCCACUCACACUAACGACGACCAGACAGGCUUUUUGCUGGACCACUAUCAGGGCCUUAGGACCCAAAGAGCAGGCUCCUUCUCCUCCACAGCUAUGGACAUAUUAGAAGAAGUAGGUGUCAGCACUCCCAUCGAGGGGGAGUGGAGUUACCCCAAUCCAGAGCCUCCGGGGUCACAGGGCUUCAGCCCCGAGCCAAGCAGAGAGCCUGGAAGCAGUCUGGGCUGCCCCAGUUUCACCAGUAUGGCUACCUGUGAGAGCAGCUUCUCCGACAAACCACCGUCAGAGAAAGCAGACACCGUCUCACACUACUCUGUGGACAACGAAGGUUACUACACCUCCAUGCACUUUGACUGCGGCCUGAAAGGUAGCCGAAGCUUCACUUAUAAUAACUAUGCACCCUCAGGCACUGACUGUGGCCUGUCAGACUCAAGUGGUCACAUGACUCUGGGAAGACGCUGCCUCUCCUUAAAAAAGCCAAAGGUGAAGCCAUCGCCACCUAAGAGGAGCUCCUCAUUAAGGAAAAUAUGCAGUGAGGGAAACAUCCCCGUUAAGAAAGAACCAAAGAUUACAUGUGGGCAGCAACUUCCUCUGUCUGCAAAGGAGAGGAAACUGCAGCUGGCUUUUUCUGGCUCUCCGGCUCACACUGAAAACUCCUCACUGGUCAGGGAAACCCGGGUAGGCUGGGGGGUUGAGGGCUCAGCUGAUCUACCAGACUUAGUCUCCACAGAUACACAUUCAUUUAAGGAUGAGGGCGUUUUGCAGUCAGACUAUGCAGAUCUGUGGCUCCUGAAUGAUUUGAAAUCCACUGAUCCUUACCGAUCGUUGUCAAACUCCAGCACAGCUACGGGUACGACGGUUAUCGAAUGCAUCAAGUCACAGGAUAGCUCAGAGUCGCAGACGUCCCAGUCUGGCUCCAGAGCUACCACCCCUUCACUUCCAUCAGUCGAGGGAGAUUUCAAGCUCACAUCCCCUGAGAAGCUGGCAAGCCUGGCAAGCCCAUCCAGUGGCUACUCCAGUCAGUCAGAAACACCUACUUCCUCAUUUCCCUCUACCUUCUUCCCUGGGCCACUGUCUCCAUCAAGUGGUAAAAGGAAACCCAAAGUCCCAGAGAGGAAGUCCUCUCUCUCAUCACUGUCACUUCAGUCACUGUCCUCCAGGGAUGGCGCAACCUCAAAGAGGGAUCUAGAGCUGCCAAUUAUCCCUCCCUCUCAUCUCGACUUAAGUGCCCUUCAUAGCGUCAACAACAAGGCGACAGCUUACAAGACCCAGAUGCAAAUCCUUCACCAGAACAAACAAAAAGCAGCAGUGUCAGCCAAGCCUAUAGUACCUCACAACCCAGAGGUAUUCAAUGCCCAUUGCCUGUCCAUUACACCCACGGUGCUGAACUCAGUACACCUCCGAUCAAUCAGUAAGGAGCAGCACGAAAAUCACACAGCUUCCAAAUUCCAAUAUCCCACUGUGAACUCACCUAGCAAACUUUCCACUAGUAAAUCUUUAGAGCUUAAGAGUCCUGUGCUGUACAACUCACACCACCAUCAUCUUCACCCAUCCUCAAAGGAGUCAGGUGUGUUUACCUCAAAUGAAGAGCUUACAAGUGGAAGGUCAGCAUGUGAGACUGAGACGAGGAACGAGCCGGAGCAAGAGGCUCCUGCAAAGUGUGUGACAACAGUCAGGCUCCAGUCAGACUCAUGUUUGGACCAGAAAGGUCCAGAAGUCCCCGAACAAACCACAAGUCAAGAAAGAGAGACCUGUAGAGAGCUGCCAGAAACACCUGCCUGCCUCGGAGACUUCAGCUCACAGUCUGAGACUUUACAGCAACAGCACUCUGAAGAAGAAGAAGAAGAGCCAUAUCCUCCUCCUCCUCCUCCUGUCCUACACAGUUCCCCCAAUAGACCCAGCAGUGUGGAUAAAGUGCCUGCUACUGACAGUCAGUCGGAGACGCCGCAAAGCAGUCCAAUCAGCAAUGAAGACAGCAAAGAAAUGGAUUCAUUGGGCGAUUCAUCUGAAUGUACCUCACAGGACAGCAAGGAGGAGUCCAUGCCAGACAUGGAGGACUAUUUUAGUAAAGACUCGACUCUCAGUGACAGCACUGUGUCCUCAGUGCAUGAUGAGUCAAGGCCAGAGGAUGACACCGUGUUUCUGUCCCCCACUAAAUCUCGCACCACUGAGGAUUUAUUCGCUAUGAUACACAGGUCUAAAAGGAAAGUGUUGGGGAGAAAAGACUCCGCCGAGUUGGGUGUGAGGAACCGCCUUGGUGGCGCUUCGGGGAACACGCCACCUAACAGCACUGCAAGCUCCCCUAUCUCUGUGGCAUCACCUUCCUCCGCCGUGACCCCACCUGGCCUGCACAGAGUCCCCGGUCCAAUCUACAGGAACGCAAAAAAGUCCAGCACCUCUAACGAGGAGUUCAAACUACUGCUGCUUAAAAAGGGAAGCCGCUCUGACACUAGUUACCGCAUGUCAGCUACAGAGAUCCUCAAGAGUCCCAUCACCCCUAAAUCACUUGGAGACACUCUAAUGGAGUCACCCAAACACCCUGACGACAACACCUUCCCUCAGCAGCAGCCCCAAUCAGGACAAGACCACCUUUCCAGCCCCUACUUGAAAACCAACGCAGAGGGCUUUUCACCGAAAUCCUUCCAUACAUCUGCGGCCUCAAGGCAGGGACGCUCCAGGAUCCCACCACCUGCCAACAGCAGCCGCUACAGCAUGCGCAGCAGGCUGUACUCAACGCCCAUGCAGGCCAUCUCUGAGGGUGAGACGGAGAACUCGGACGGGAGCCCUCAUGACGACCGCUCAUCGCAGGGCUCCACGUAGAAAAAACAGCAAUAAUUUAGUCAUUUUAUUAGUUUACAGCAAAAAAAAAACCAGAAUGAGGAGAGAAGGAGAGGAAAUUAGAAGAACAUGAACAUUUUUUAAAAUCAUAAAUUUAGUAAUUGGUGUUUUAUACAGACUGCAUUUCUAAGAAAACAUCUUUAUGAAAUGAACAGUUGGCAUUAGAAACUUGAUUGUUUUGCGUCUGCAUUAUAUGGAAAAAUAUGAUUUACAAAUCGAAAAAUCUUCUCAGUUCUAAAUUUAAAGGGGGACCUAUUUUUCUCUUCCUUAUUUUCUAUCAUAUAUGUAUGGAAGCCCGUUUCCGCCACACAAAAAAAAAAAUUAUCCAUAACUCGAAAUUUCAAGUUAUCUUUCUCGAAAUUUCAACUUAUUUUGAGAAAAGUAACUCCAAAUUUCGAGUUAGUUCUGCUGAUCUAUCUACGUGACAUUUAUCUACGUGAAUAACAUCAUUUUCUUAUUACCCGGAAGGAUAUGGCGCAGAGGAAUGCAGACUCAAAACCGGAUCGCAACAAAUUGGCGCUUUUGAGAGUAUGUUUGCUGAUAGUAACGCCAUGUGAUUCAGCUAAUAACACAAGGAUUUCAUCAUUCGUGAAGCCACGCUGAAAAUACUCAGCAAUUUGUGCAUUCCUGACUGGCUGUAAUACUCGUAGCUUAGCUGUAGCAUUUGUAGCUGAGGGCUUCAGCUUCCAGGUAACAAGGAAAUGACGUAAUUCACGUACAUUACUGAUUGGCAGCGCAACUGUUACUUUUCUUAAAAUUUUGAGUUAAUAAGUCAAAAUUUUGCGAAAAUAACUCGUAAUUUGGAGUUAUAAAUACUUUUUUUUUUUUUUUGUGGCAGAAACGGCUUCCAUAUUUUUGUGAUGCUUGUAGCAACACGUGGCCAGAGUUUAAGGUAUAAUAAUGAGGUCAGUGCAUGUAAAAGUAAUCUUUUUUUAACCUAAAACUCUGUCAGAAUGAAUGGAGAUCCCCAGUAGGGUCAGAGGCGGUACCAUCCCAUAUAAAAUAAAUAAGCAUUAUUAUGAACUGUGAAUCACUCUAAGCUACUCUAGAGUCCACAAAUAAAAGUAUGGAGCUGGAAAUGAGCUUAAUAGUUGUUCUGUUAGUUUAAGGCACAUUUCCCACAGUCUUGUAGACCCAACCCAACAACAGAACUUUUUUAGAAGUAAGUAGGAGAAGUUGAUCUGUUUUAAUUAACCAUAUGUAUUCUGUGAAUACAAUUAGACAGACAUUUCCUCUAACCAGUUACAUCAAAUUAUUUUAAUACCAUCAAAAUGAACAUCAGAAUUGAGAAAUGUCAACAUUCAGUCCCUAUUCAUAUUUCCUGUAAACAGAAUUGAUACAAUGUAUAUUUUAUUCAGUUUGUCAUAUACUAAAUUAUAUCAAAGCUUAUUAUUAGAAUAUUUUAACAUACUGUACAUAUUGCAAGAAAUGGAAGACGUAACUAGUGGUGAGACAGGAAGUGUCAAAGCCGAGCACUAACUUGACAAUCUCGUGAGACAAGAAAGGAGCAGGUGUUAACAUGGGACAUGAAAAAGUGAUCAAAAAGUUCGAGGCAGGGAACUCGGAGAGCUGGAAGAGAACGCGGAAGUCAUAAAGAAAAACUUACCAAUGGUCAUUUCUGGUUUGCUGACAUGAUGUGUUUAUGCAUUGUCGAAAGAGGCAAGUGGAAAGUACUCAGAGGAUCAAAUAUGCCUUAUUUUAUCCAACAGGAGAAAAUAUGUGGUGAAGCAGCUGAGGUCACAGCAAGUUGAGUGUUUUUGUGAGAUUUUUGAUUGUGUGGUUAAACAUGGAGCCGGGUGAUUAAGUCUCUUGAAAAGAGAAAUGUCUGGAUUUGGCAUUUUCUGCCCCUCAAUAUUCAAAAAAUAUAACUUCUAUAUUUUCUGUCUCAAACCAAUCUAAAUAUAUUUAUUUUUAUAACAUACACAGAAAACCUUUGAUCAAAAAAACGCAAUGAAGUGCUGGAACCUUUACAGCCAGAUUUUAUUUAGAUACUUAUUUUGUUUGCGUUUUAGAUCUUAUAUCAGACACUGGUUGCAGAGACAAAUUGGAAACUUAAUUAUUAAAUUUCAUUAAAAAGUGUAAUUAAAUGCCAAAAAUAUAAAUGUAAGGUUUUGGUUGUAACCCUGGGAUAUUUUAGUCCUGUGUAUUCACCAUAAUUUUAUAAGUACAUGGAGCUUAUUGGAGUGAUGGUACUCAAACAUUAUGCAAAACUGGCAGAAACUUUGUUCUUCCCUGUAGGUAUGCUGUCAAUACCCUUUUAAUUUUCAUGUUAAUAACACUAUAUAACAGGGUACACAAUGAGUUAAGUCUGUGAACCUUCAUUCCAACUUUUUUGUUUUUUUCCUGCACUGACAAAGUGAUGUUUGUGAAGUUUUUUGUCUCUUGCUGUACCUGGAGAUAUUUAUAGAUGUGUACAUGCAGCUGUUUCCUUGAAUAAUAUUCACACCCCGAGGAUGCUUUAGGAGUGGAGUACAGAAAUGCUUCUACCAAAGGCUAAAAACACGUAGUGGCAUUGAACUGUUGUUCUCCUCUCGUUUACUUGACUGAAAUGUUCUUGAAAACACAAACCAAUAAUAAAGAACUAAACUUGCGGUACUAGAUGCAUUUCAUCUAGAUACAGACCAACCUCUGUAUACAGUACUUGUAGGUUUUAGGGGUUUUUUUGUACAAACUUGUAAAUUAAAUAACGUUUUAGAAUUGUUACAAAGGUUGUUGAAUUGCUUCUUAUGUAAAAUAAAAAAAAACAUGUUUUUAAAGUUUACAUUAAUUUCAGACCUUUGUAUAUUUUUGAGCUGUGGAACACUUUGUCUUGUAUUUAUUUUUUAGUAAGCAUUCUUGAAAUCCCAUAGUAAAUCCUAUCAAAGCCAACUGCUAGCACAACAGGCUGCUUAGCAAAUGUGUAUAAAAAGAUGAAUAAAUGUGACUGCUUUGAAAA